GUCGCCGAAAGUGACGUAAUCAGCGUGCGCGAGUUGUGCUGGGCGCCGUGUGAGCUGCAGCCAUGUCCUACUGCCGGCAGGAAGGAAAGGACAAAAUUAUCUUUGUCACCAAAGAGGACCAUGAAACUCCAAGCAGCGCUGAGCUUAUUGCAGAUGACCCCAAUGACCCAUAUGAAGACCAUGGGUUGAUCUUACCAAAUGGAGAUAUUAACUGGAACUGUCCGUGCCUCGGGGGCAUGGCCAGUGGACCUUGUGGGGAGCAGUUCAAGUCGGCCUUCUCCUGCUUUCACUACAGUGAAGAAGAGAUCAAAGGUUCGGAUUGCCUGGAGCAGUUCCGUGCGAUGCAGGAGUGUAUGCAGAAAUACCCCGAGCUGUAUCCUCAGGAGGAUGAUGAUGAAGAGGAGGAGAAAAACCAGCAAAGUAGUGAUGGGCAGCCGGCUCCGCCUGUGGACCCUGCUAUCACAGAGGGAGAGAGCAGCUAAUACAGAGAGGGGGCUGCUGCCUCCACUACUCACUAUGGACCACACUAGGCUUGGAGCUGGCACAGAUCUAUAUAAUAUAUUGUAGUGAUAUGCCUGCAGCAACUCUGACACGGCAGUCUGAAUGAGCAGGCUUUGCUGACAUUGCGCGCACUCACAGAUACCCGUGUUUAUUGAUGCCAGUAACUGACUACCCUGGUUAUGUGCGGUAGAAUACACUUGCCAGUCCGGGCACUAUUACUUCUGUGUGUCCCCCUAUUUAAUAAGAAUGUUACGUGUGAUUAUGAAAGCCCAAAGCCACACACCGCAGUCUUGUUACCCCAGAUUAUGCCCAGCUCCAGCCUUAUUAAAUAACUAAUUUAUAUAAUUUUCCUUUCUCUGGUUGGUGUAACAAGGGAGCAACUAUGUAACUCAGGGCAAAGGCUGUCUGAAACUUGUAGCUUGUGCAUGAAAAUGUCUUUUUCCCUUGGCAAAGCCACAACGGACACAACCUCACCUGCUGUUAGUGCCUCAGACCUGUAACUAUCCUGUGAUGCCUAAACCCUUUGGGCAUGCGUUGACAUCGGCGCUGUGUCCUUAUCCAGAGAUAUGUGCAGCUGGAACACAUUAAAGACCUUUUUACCUUCUUGUAA